ACCUUUAUAAACAACAUGGCGAUGAGCAUGCGGCUGUUGGCUGGGAGGUUGCAAUAUUCUGCCUCUCAAAUUAUUAAAACUACAGUUUUUGCCAAGCAAACCCAAAGUUUGUUUCUGAAACAGUCCACCAGAUAUUUUAAUAGAAGCUGCGUUGUAUUAACAGACAGAAAAUUUUCAAAAGAACAUGAAUGGGUGACUGUAGUAAAUGACAUUGGCACUAUUGGCAUAUCAGAUUAUGCUCAGGAUGCAUUAGGUGAUCUAGUAUUUGUGGAUUUACCAGAUAUUGGGACCAAAUUUUUCAAAGGCGAUGAAUUUGGAGCUCUUGAGAGUGUGAAGGCAGCCAGUGAUUUGUACAUGCCUGUGUCAGGCGAGGUAACCGAAACAAACGCGACCUUGGAAGAUGACCCUGCUAUUAUCAAUAAAGAUCCUUAUGAUAAAGGUUGGAUCUUGAAAGUCAAACUCUCCAACGUAGAUGAACUGGAAGAAUUAAUGACAGAAGACCAGUAUACAGAAUUUCUGAAGAGUGAAGAAUAAAUAAACCAGUAACUUCUGUUUACACUAUUAAGUUCCAUAUGACAAAUCACAGGUAUUUGUCACAUAAAAUUUCAUAGUGCGGACAGACCAUUUGCCAGCUGAUUUCAUAGUUUUAUGUUUAUUCUGAAAUGAAGUAUAUUAAUUAUAACAUUAUUAUAGGGAGCUCAGCCAGUUGCUUUCCGAAGUCUUGUUUCCAUAAGAUCUGCUACACUGGUGCUACAGCGUUUUCAUUUUCACUGGAAUGAUUAAAACUUUGUAGCAGAUUAUUCCUACCACUAUCAGAAAGGUUGUUUGAUUCAACUGACCAAUCAGUCUCUCCAACAGCAGUCUGUGAUAGCAUGUAGUAAUUUUAUGAAAACUCGGCUGAAAUUUAACUUUUCAUAGAUUACAUUGUAAACCUUUUGUAUAAUGUUGGUACAGUAUAUUGUACUUCACUGGUAUUUCUUGCAUUUAAUGCUGUUGAAAUGGUUUGUGCUGAUAAUGCUAACACCUGUACCUGGACACGCUGGGUAUAUGUUUUGAACAUUUUUGUUGAUGUGGUGUGAUAAAACUAAACUGUUAAUACCUCAUGUUUUAAAUAGUUAUAAAAAGCAAUUUGCAACACAAUAUACUAUUCUAUUAUACUGACUCUUUUUAGUAUUUUAGUAAAUGGAAGAUAUCUUUUCAAAAACAUUACUUUUUCUUUGUUGUUGUUUCCCUAUCAUCAACCAAUAAUGAACUCAAUGAAAAUUAAUUUCUUACUGUAUAUGUUCAGAAUGUUGACUUAUAUAUUAAAAAUCAAUAUAAGUUGGUAGCAAAUAUAUUGUCUACUAUAUUAGUUUACUAAACAAAAGGUUAUAAAAAGUGUUAAUUUUUGGUCACAUUUAAUAGUCACUGUCCUUUUUUUUUUUUCAAAUAUUAAGAAUAACAUUAUAGCGAGCAUAUUUGUUUUGAAAGGGAUGUUGACAACCUGAAAAUAAUUUAUGAUUUUAUGGAUACUAAUUACAUACCUGUACUGUACAGAACUUUGGAAUAA